CCUUCAUGGCGUAAAGUUUCCUUCCGCAUUGUGUUCGGAGACACAGGUCUGACACGGGAGAGAAGAGCUGAAGAGUGUCAACAUGGCGGACAUGGAUGCUGAGAGUGUUGGUUACACUGAAGCGGUGAUGGACGAGGAGGAGCCAUUGUUCAGUAACUUGGACAUCUUCCUCUUCUCUCUGGUGGUCGGCCUGGUCAUCUACUGGUUUAUGUCUCGCAAAAAGCCUGAGCCCAUUCCUGAAUUCAAAAAACUUGACACAAUGACGCCCACCACAAGAGAGACAAGUUUCAUUGAGAAAAUGAAGAAAACUGGCAAGAACAUCAUUGUGUUCUAUGGCUCCCAGACGGGCACGGCGGAGGAAUUUGCCAACAGGCUGUCCAAAGAUGCCCAGCGCUACGGCAUGAAAGGAAUGGCAGCCGAUCCAGAGGAAUAUGACAUGGGUGAGCUGUCUCGUCUGUCUGAGAUCUCCAACUCCCUGGCCAUAUUCUGCAUGGCCACUUAUGGUGAAGGAGACCCCACUGACAAUGCACAGGACUUCUAUGACUGGCUCCAGGAAAAUGAUGAUGAGGACCUGUCUGGACUUAACUACACAGUAUUUGCUCUGGGAAAUAAGACUUAUGAACACUACAACGCAAUGGGCAAGUAUGUUGACAAAAGACUUGAAGAAAUGGGAGCCAAACGUAUCUUUGACCUUGGUUUGGGAGAUGAUGACGGAAACCUGGAGGAAGAUUUUGUCUCAUGGAGGGAACAGUUUUGGCCAGCUGUUUGUGAGCACUUUGGUGUGGAAGCCUUAGGAGAUGACUCAAGCAUCAGGCAGUAUGAGCUACAGGAGCACACAGACAUCAACAUGAACAAGGUGUACACUGGUGAAAUUGGCCGCCUGAAGAGCUUUGAGAAUCAAAAGCCACCCUUUGACUCUAAAAACCCCUUCCUCGCGCCAGUCACUGUGAAUCGCAAACUUAACAAAGCUGGAGAAAGGCACCUGAUGCACCUUGAACUGGACAUAACAGGCUCCAAGAUCAGAUAUGAGUCAGGAGAUCAUGUAGCAGUUUUUCCCACCAAUGACUCUACAUUAGUGAACAAACUUGGGCAGGUCCUUGGUGUUGACCUUGACGUGGUUAUCUCUCUGAACAACCUUGAUGAGGAAUCCAACAAGAAGCACCCAUUCCCUUGUCCCACUACUUACCGCACAGCCCUAACUCACUACCUCGACAUUACAAACCCACCUCGCACCAAUGUUCUUUAUGAAUUGGCACAGUAUGCCUCUGAUCCAAAAGACCAAGAAAAUAUGCGCAAGAUGGCCUCCUCCUCCCCUGAAGGCAAAUCUCUUUACCAGAGUUGGGUGUUGGAUGCCUGUAGAAAUAUUUUGGCCAUUUUGGAAGAUAUGCCAUCUUUAAGGCCUCCCAUUGAUCACUUGUGUGAGUUGUUACCGCGUCUACAAGCUCGGUACUACUCCAUUGCUUCCUCCUCCAAGGUUCACCCCAACAGCAUUCACAUCUGUGCCGUAGUAGUGGAGUAUAAGACAAAGACUGGACGCGCCAACAAGGGUGUAGCCACCAACUGGCUGAAAAACAAACUGGUUACCGACAAUGGGCACAAGUCCUCUGUCCCCAUGUACAUUCGCAAGUCACAGUUUCGCCUGCCCUUCAAACCCACAAACCCAGUCAUCAUGAUUGGACCUGGUACGGGAAUUGCACCAUUUAUGGGCUUCAUCCAGGAGAGAGGAUGGCUCAAACAGCAAGGGAAAGAAGUCGGCGAGACUGUCAUGUAUUUUGGUUGCAGACAUAAAAAUGAAGAUUACCUUUAUCAGGAAGAGCUAGAGGAAGCUGAGGGCAGUGGCGUUCUAACACAGCUCCAUGUUGCCUUUUCAAGAGAUCAGGAACAUAAGGUCUACGUUCAACACCUCAUUAAGCAGAAUAAAGAGAACAUUUGGAAGUUGGUUCAUACAGACAGUGCUCACAUCUAUGUCUGCGGGGAUGCAAGAAACAUGGCCAAAGAUGUGCAAACAGCCUUUUAUGAGAUUGCAGAAGAAUUUGGAGGCAUGACACGCACUCAGGCCACAGAAUAUGUUAAGAAACUGAUGACCAAGGGACGCUACUCACAAGACGUGUGGAGCUAAGGAGUCUCCAAUCCAGCUGUCACGUCACUACCAUUUUUAAAUCAUGUACCUUGUUUUAACCUGGACUGAAUAUAAAACACUUUUAUGCCUCAUAUUAUAGAGCAGA